AUGUCAGGAAAUUCUGCUUUCCUCCCCAGCCUUCUCUCUCACAAAAUGGCACCAUCUUCCGACUUUCACGCAUUCCAGACCGCUCUCCGCGCCGCAAGGAACAUCAUUGCAGUCGCAGGCGCCGGUCUCUCCGCUGCAUCGGGCAUCCCAACCUUUCGAGGGGCUGGUGGCAUGUGGAGGAAAUACGAUGCCAUGUCCCUAGCCACGCCAGAGGCUUUCGAACGCUCACCCAUCCUCGUCUGGCAGUUCUACCACUACCGUCGAGAAACGGCCUCUAACGCGAGUCCCAAUGACGCACAUCGAGCCCUCUCCGCGUUUUCCCGAUCCUCACUAAGAAAACAAGUUGCGCCACAUUCAAAUUUCACCCUGAUCACCCAGAACGUCGAUGGCCUCAGUGUCCGAGCAAACCAGGAACUUGCUGCGGUCCAGCCCGACCCCAACGAUCAACCGAAUCUGAUUGAGAUGCACGGCCGACUCUUUGAUGUCCUCUGCAACAAUCCGACAUGUGGCCACGUCGAAUUCAAUACGAACUCUCCCAUUUGUGAAGCUCUUGGGGGCACCGAAAAACUUGUCGAACAACACGUCGUUGAUCCUGAUAUUCAAGUGAAAGAUCUUCCCCAUUGUCCAAAGUGCGGUGGGCUCGCGCGGCCAGGCGUCGUCUGGUUCGGAGAACGGCCCCAUCAGCUGGAUGAAAUUGACGAUUUGGUCGCGGAAGCAGAUCUUUGCCUCGUCGUAGGAACUUCGUCGACGGUGUACCCCGCUGCGUCAUACGCCGAGGAAGUCGAGCAGAACGGCGGAAAGGUAGCCGUAUUCAAUUUGGAACGAAGCCACGGUGAUAACCAGGCUCACUUCCUCUUUCUGGGGCCUUGUGAGGAAACUUUGCCAAAAGCAUUGGGGUUUCGAGUUGCAGAGGACGGAAGUGUUGCCGUCGACGUCGGCGUAACUGACGCCACUUAA